AUGAAUAUUGUAUAGAAAAAGCGGGAAGAAUUUUCAAUCAACAUCAGGAAGUAAAAGAGAGAAGAAUUGUUUAAAUCCAAGAGAGUCUCUAAUACCCAAUAUUUACCAUUUUCUGAUACUACGACAAUGCUAUCAGAAAUUUAUUAGAAUGCAUAUUACCAAAAAUAGUGUCCAAACAAUGUUUAACUUAAUGAAACUAUCUAAAAGAUUUUCAAAAUAUCUGAAUUAGCAGAUGCAUUUAAUUAGCAUGAUUGCGAAAAAAAUUAUGAUACCUCUUCUGAUGUUGAAAUUAUAUUUGACAUCAUUGGCAAAGGAUAUCCAGUCUUAGAUAGAGCCUGCUUGUAGAUAUUGUUAUCCUUUACACUUCCAAGUCAUUUGACAUGCAAGCCAAUUUUAAAGUAUAUUCCUACUUUGUUGAAAUUUUUCAACGAAACUCAGUAUGAGGAACUCAAAUAGACAGUUCUGUUUAUUUUCUCAAAUCUAGCAGCCGACUGUUAUUAAUGCAGAGAUGCCAUUUUAAUUUAUGAAAUACCUUAAGCAGUAUUCUAAGCAAUUCAUUAAACCACAAAUGAAUUAAUGAAUGAUCUAGCUUAAAUUCUAAUUAAUAUCUCAAGAACUCAACCUCUAAUGUCGAAUUUCAACUAAAUUUAAAUGAUUAAAUUAUGUUGGCAACUAUUUCCGUUUUUAUAGGGCCAUGAAUAUAUAGCUGGAAUUUUGUAACUCAUUUAAAAAAUUUGUUUGAAGGAUAAAAAUUUAUUAGAUAUGAAUUUCCUCAGUGGUAUUUGUUAAGAUUACUCAAAUUCUGAUCUUUAUUUAAAUGAAAUAUUGGCUUUGAUUAAAAUAAUGUCAUAUUUUGACAGAAACAGAUAUGAGCAAAUUGAAAACAACAUUCUAAAUUUUCUAAUAGUUAAAGUAAAUUAAAUUCUUUUGAAUGGAAAUUUAGAUAAACAUUUUCAAAAGUAGAUCAACAAAGUGUUGAGUAUUUUCACAAAUAUGAUUGUUGAAAACCCUAAAUUAAUCUUUAAUGCCCUUGAUACGAAUAUCAUAUAAUUAUUUAGAUUUAAUGAAUAAUUAUAAGAAACCUAUGAUGAGAUCUUUUGUAGCAUUUAUUAUUAUUCCUUUUAUUAUUAGACCAUCAACAAUUUAAACUAAAGCCAAAUAAAAUAAUUUAUAUAAUUGUUUUAGCCGAUAUAAUAAAUGAUAAACUUGUUAGAUUAAAAUAUGAAUAAUUAGGAUAUUAUCAUCGAUAUUUUAAGAAUCUUAGAGAUGAUUUUACAAAAAGACAUAGAAUCUAUUGCUGUGUUUAUAAAGCUAAAUGGGGAAUAAUAUUUAGCUGAAUUAUCCUAACAUGAAAAUGAGGAAGUGUAUAAAAUAUGUGAAAAGAUUUUUGAAAUCAUUAAUUGA